AAAUUUUGAUUCGUCAUUUUAGAUUGUUAGAUUAGGUUUAGUAAACUAUUUUUAGUUAAUUUCUUCAUUGUUGUUUCUUUAUCUAUCAAAAUGGAGCUGACGAGGAUUAAAAACACCUCAAAUCUUGGAUAAUUGUUGUUUGCUUUUUGGAUCUUUUUUUUUACUGUUUAGGAAUAUUCUUACAAGUCAUUUGGUUUCGUACCCAAACAUGUUUCAUUUAGCUUGUUUUUCACGUUGCCAAUUAGCCGCAUCAUUUUACAUAAUUAUUAAGUUAAUUAUUCCAUUAUUUGAUAUGGUGGCUUGGCCGGUAACACAAAUCUGACCUGUUCAAUUCAAAGGUGGGGUCCUAAAAAAAAUUAUCGUGAAAAAUGCAGGAUAUGUCGCUUGAUCAUCAUAUAAUUGCUUAAUCUUAGUACCCUUUUAAGCUUUUUAUCAUGUGGACCCUCUUUGAUCUUAUGCUUAGUUUUACUUUUUAUUUUAUUUUAUUCAUAUAGUAUUAUUUCAGAUGAUUAUUGUAUGGGUCAUUGCUUGCUGUAUCUUUGCGUUUUAUUGUUGACUUCUAAUUAUUUCGAUUGCUUCUUCCUCUUUGCCAUUUAACACGAGAUUAAUCGUGACUUUUGGUUAAGCAACCAUUGUGGAUCUUCACUUAUUUGAUACACGUGGUCCACUUUUUAAGCUCGUGACUAACUUUGUCGUGUCUUGGACAACUAAGUGUUUUUUAUGUAAUCUGUGGAUAUGAAUGCAAUUCGAAUUCUAAAUGUUUCUUUUUCUUUCUUGUGACUAAUCUUUUGGAUUCUCAAACAUGAAACAUCUUACCUCAGAACUCACUGUUCCUUUACCUUGAAACUAAUGGCCUCUUCCUUAUGGUAAUCAUGCAGGUCUUGGCUAGCAAAACGAAAAUUAAUAUGGUAAUGGAACUUGUUACCGGAGGAGAAUUGUUCGACAGAAUUGUUUCCAACGGAAAAUUAACAGAAACUGAUGGAAGAAAAAUGUUUCAGCAGCUUAUCGAUGGAAUCAGCUACUGUCAUAGCAAAGGUGUUUUCCACAGGGAUCUCAAGCUAGAGAAUGUUCUUCUUGAUGCAAAGGGACAUAUAAAGAUCACUGAUUUUGGCCUCAGUGCUCUGCCUCAGCAUUUUAGGGAUGACGGAUUGUUGCAUACAACCUGUGGAAGUCCUAAUUACGUUGCGCCUGAGGUUUUAGCUAACAGAGGCUACGAUGGUGCAGCAUCAGACAUAUGGUCCUGUGGUGUAAUCUUGUAUGUGAUUCUAACCGGAUGUCUUCCUUUCGACGACAGAAACCUUGCAGUUCUUUACCAGAAGAUAUGUAAAGGAGACCCACCAAUACCAAGAUGGUUAUCCCCGGGUGCAAGAACCAUGAUUAAGAGAAUGCUUGAUCCAAAUCCAGUCACGAGGAUCACAGUUGUGGGUAUUAAAGCCAGCGAGUGGUUCAAACUUGAGUACAUUCCUUCAAUUCCCGAUGAUGAUGACGAAGAAGAAGUUGACACAGACGAUGAUGCUUUCUCAAUCCAAGAACUCGGAUCAGAAGAAGGGAAGGGCAGUGAUUCACCGACCAUCAUCAAUGCGUUUCAGUUAAUCGGAAUGUCUUCCUUUCUUGACCUGUCCGGUUUCUUUGAACAAGAGAAUGUAUCAGAGAGGAGAAUAAGAUUCACUUCAAAUAGCUCAGCAAAAGAUUUACUGGAGAAAAUCGAAACAGCCGUUACAGAAAUGGGAUUCAGUGUACAAAAGAAACAUGCCAAGUUAAGAGUAAAACAAGAAGAAAGAAACCAGAAAGGUCAAGUUGGUUUAUCAGUAACAGCUGAGGUUUUCGAGAUAAAGCCGUCACUGAACGUGGUUGAGCUAAGAAAAUCUUAUGGCGAUUCAUGUUUAUAUAGACAGUUGUACGAGAGACUAUUAAAAGACGUGGGCACAUCCUCGCCGGAGCAAGAGAUAGUAACUUAGGUGUUGGUGUUUUCGGCUGAAGAGAUAUACAUAGCUCUAAUAAUUUAUCAUAUGGAACACACCAUCCAUGUUCAUAUAAUUUAUUAUCUUAAGUAUAUAUAAAAGGAGCUCGAUUUAUAUGAUUAGUGCAAAUAGUAAUUGCAUUUAAGUAUAAACCGUGGCGUAGAUCUUUCCUCAAGAAUUAGAGAUUUUAUUCACUACCUUUGUAUUUGUUUUUAUUAUUAUUUGGUGUGGCAAAUCUGCCUACUAGCAAAAAAGAUCCCAUAAAAAAUCUCUUCAUUAUUUUUGUAAAUAAUAUACAUGUGUUUAGUUUGUAUC